GGGACACGAAACCUCCCCGGAGCCGCAGUCUCCGCGCGGGGCGGCCUGGGAAAGUCACCAGUCAGCAGCGCAGUGGCGGGAACCGCAGCCCGGCGGCCCUGGAACCUCCCAGGUGUUUUCUUCUUUCGUUUUUGUUCCAUGGAAAGUUUCAGGUGCUUUCUGAAGAUUCCCUUCCCCAUAUGCAAGUCUCACAUUGCUCAGUGAGUCCUGCUCACCUGUGAAUCAGAAUAAAGAGCCCUGCAUGGUGAAGAGAGAGGAGGCAGUAGCAAAGGAUCCAGGUGUGUUACAAGGAAUGAGUAAGGGGUUGGGUAAGUGUCAAAUGAUGGUAGGAACAGGACGUGAAACUGGUUUUUAGCAGAUUCUGUUUCAUUAAUGAUUAUAGAAAAUUUCACUGAAAAAAAUACUUGAUGUUGUAAUACGGAUUUCCCAUUAUUGACUGUGUAUUAAGCAGUCAAUUGUUCUCAGUAUUUGAAAAGUUGUGAGUCUCUGACAUUGAAAACAAAGUUUCUUUGACCCAGGCUGAAAGCAGCACCCUGGAUAUGAGAGUGAACUGAGCCAUUUAAAGGCAGGUUGAGUAUUUGUACAUAUAGCCAAUAUCAGUAGCGGAUGCCUGCCUAGUGCCUGUGACCUUCGUUAUCAUUGCUUUUGAGCAGGUUCUGUUAUGAUGAGAAAGGUCAUGUUUGCACUCCAAAUAGUUCAUGAACACAAGUUCACUGGAGCUUUUGAUGUUGCUGUAUUUCACUUUCAUCUUUACGCUGCUGUCAUAUUCCAUGUUGCCGCUGUCAGUUUCUUUGACCUUCUCUUGGAACCACCUUCAGAGAGGACAUAUCCCCUUUCUAUUGCUGCUCAUCAGGUCCCCCCUUUUUGUCGGGGGGGGGGGGAGAAUGAAUUGUCCAUGUGUCCUCUGGUUUCUGCUGGAAGGAUUAGUGGAGAUGUUGAGUGAUGUUUCUUUCCUUCCUCAAAGUUGAGGAUUUCUCUCCUAUUUCCUUGUAUUGUAGCUUUCAGAGAUACAUUUUGUUGUCUUUGUAUUGCUUUUUUUAAAAAAAAAAAAAAGAUUUAUUUAUUUAUUUAUUAUACAGUAUUCUGCCUGCAUGUGUCCCUGCAGGUCAGAAGAGAGUACCAUAUCUCAUUACAAGUGGUUGUAAGUCACCAUGUGGGUGCUGGGAAUUGAACUCAGGACCUCUGGAAGAGCAGUCGGUGGUCUUAACCACUGAGCCAUCUCUCCAGCCCUGUAUUGCUUUUUCUUUCUUUUUUUUUUAAAGGCUAUUUUAUUUUGGUUUUUCAAGAUAAGAGUUUUUGUGUAGUCUUGGCUGUCCUGUGACUCACCCUGUAGACUGGGCUGGCUUUGAACUCACAGGGAUCUGCCUGCCUCUGCCUCUCAGUGCUGGUAUUAGGGUGUGCACCACUAGAGCCAGACUGUCUUUGUAUUGCUUUAAUGCUCCUUUUAUACUGUGAAUUUCCUCACCUCAUUUACUUGUUAUUUUUCUUCCUUAGUUCAUUGAGUAUCUUCUAAAUUCCUCAAGGAAUUUAUAAAUACCUGUAUUUGGUUUUGGAGAUCUUUUUAAGUUCUUUUUAUUUAUCUUCAUCUUUGAAAAUUCUCUUGAUUUUUGUUCAUAUUUGAUCAUUUACGAAAUUUGAGCCUCUUAUUCCACAAUUAUGGAAAAAGUAGAGCAAUUCUGAUGAAAUCAUGGGGAAGAAACAUAGAAUGCCUCUGGCCUGUGACUGGGUAAGAUCUACUGAGAAUUAAGGUAGUGAUAAGGGCCAUCUGUUCUCCCAUAUUUACCCUAAAGUUCUUUAAUAAGAAAUCAUUGAAGCUGGGUGGUGGUGGCGCAAGCCUUUAAUCCCAGCACUGGGAGGCAGAGGUAGUCAGGUCUCUGUGAGUUCAAGGCCAGCCUGGUCUACAGAGCAAGCUUCAGGACAGGCUCCAAAGCUACACAGAGAAACCCUGUCUCAAAACAGUAACAACAACAAAAAAAUUUCCUUUUGGGUUGGGGAUUUAGCUUAGUGGUAGAGCGCUUGCCUAGAAUGUAUCCUGAGUUUUCUUUUUUGUUUUACAGUAUUUACUUAUUUUUAUUUUUAUGUACAUUGGUAUUUGCCUGUGUCUAUGCCUGUGUAAGGGUUUUGGGUCCCCUGGAAUUGUAGUUAUAGAUACUUGUGAGCCACUAUGUGAGUAUUGGCAAUUGAACCCAGGGUCCCCUUCCCCAUGUUUUUCCUGACCCUGUAGCUAUGUUUUUUUGUUGGUAGAGAUUCUGAAGAGAAGUUUUGAUAGAUAGACUUCUGUUUAAUUUUUUUAAAAAAAUUAAGUAUAGGAGUGUUCAUCUACAUGUUUUUAUGUGAACAGCAUGUGUGCACGAUGCCCAUGGAGCCCUGAGGUAAUCACCAAAUGCCUGGCACAGGAAUUAGGCAAAAUCAUAAGUUGCCUUGUGUCUAGAGAGAAUUGGACUGUUUCUCUUCAUGAAGAACAAGUGUCCUUUACCCCUGAGCUCUCUCUCCAGUCCCCAGGUUUAUAUUUCUGGUGUAAUUUCAGGAUGGAGCCAGUAUGUAACACUGCAAAUUCUACUUUUUGAGAAUGUUAGAACAGAGUCAGUUGAGAUGCAGCUGCAGACAGGAUUAAUCCAGUGUCAGUACUGCAGCAAGUCUGACAGUUGUAGAAUUUAGAAGCAAAGUUUUGCUCAUCAUAACAUCACCAUCUGAGAUAUGACACUGGGGUGCUAUUUGAUAUCAACACAUAGUUCUUAAACUACAUCUAGACCUCAAAUGUAUAUCUCAAUAUUCCCUAAACGUUUGUUGACUCUGAGACUAUUAUGUCAUUCUGAUUUACAUAGAUAGAAAUUUCAAUACAGACUAUGACUAUUUUAGAAAGUAUCUUUUAUUGUUUUGUUGUUUUUGACACAAGGUUUCUCUGUAUACCUUAGACUGUCCUAGAUCUCCUUCUAUAGGUCAGGCUGGCCUCAAACUCAUGGACAUCUGCCUUCCUCUGCCUCUUCAGUGCUGGGAUUAAAGACAUGCACCACCACCAUCCAGCAGAGAGUAUCUAUUAUUAAAAUUACAUUUCACAUUUGUUUUUUUGUGGGGGAGUGUAUCUGCUUGAAUGUAUGCAUAUGUGCUGUGUAUACCUCCUGCCGGUACAGAAUUUAAAAUUGAGCAUUGGAUCCCAUGGAACUGGAGUUAAAAUCUGUUGUGUAUUUUAAUGAGGAGGGUGCUAGGAACCAAACUAUGUUUUGCCACAUUAUGUUUCUAUAGGAAUGGUUCUGGAAUAUUGUACUGUAAAUCAUCUCAUGAUUACCCUAUUAUACACAUUACUGACUUUCUAUGUAAUAAUUAAUACUUGGAGAAAAUACAAUGUAUCUGACUGUGCAUAUGAUGAUAUCCUUAUUUCAUCUGUGUCAUGUUUUUGUGUUCUUAUCAAUAUUAUACAAAUUUCAUUACUUUCAUUUAAGCAUACUGUGAAAUUAGGACAAUUUUUGCCUCAAAGUUUGUUUCCUGAUUUCCUAACUGUGAUGGUUUCUGUAGGUCCUUCAUAUUCUGUUCAUUUUGUGGUCUGUUUACUCAUUUCCUGAUAAAAUGCUAGCAGGACUCUGAUAAGAAUUUCUUAGUAUCUCUGCAGAAUAUUAAACUAUCUAUAUUGUCUUGUAAUUGAUUUUUCCUGUUGUUUCUCAGUGAUUUCCACUGAAAUAAUUUUAAUUCAUUUUAAAAUCUUGGUUUAAUCUUUUGAAGGGUUUGAAUGCUGUGUUUUCUCAGUUUCAUAUAUAUUUUGUAUUACUUUGUUCAUAAACAGAUUGCUUAGAAUCUUUAGAAAAUAGAAACCUUCUUGCUGAUUUUGUUCCUGUGUUUGAAUGAGAACAUGCUAUUGUACUGUUAAUGUUCAUAUGUCAUGUAUGUAAUUUGUUUUGGUUUGCUGUUGCUGUUAUAUGCAUGUUAAUCAGUGAGUAUAUAUUCAACAAUGCAGGAAUAUACGAUAAUAAGUAAUUUCAUGCAGAACCACAUGUGUGAGAUGGUUGAAACUUACGUGAAUUCUUUGCUUGUUUGAUUUGGUUUUUUUGAGACAGGGUUUCUCUGUGUAGCUUUGCGCCUUUCCUGGAACUCGCUUUAUAGACCAGGCUGGCCUCGAACUCUGAGAGAUCCGCCUGCCUCUGCCUCCCGAGUGCUGGGAUUAAAGGCAUGCACCACCACUGCCCGGUGCUUGUUUGAUUUUUAAAGAAGCUGUACACUGACUUGUCUGGUGACUGCAGGAAAUUAGUUUCCCUCCGACACUGUGUCUCUUGAGUUCUUUCUGCUGCUUUGUCUGAAAGAUUAGUUACUAGAGGACCUUGAGUGUGGACUCUGAGCAGAGAGGAGACAUGGCUGCACAUUAGUUAAGAGUUUUGUCCAUAACUAACAAUGUGUAGCAUGGAUGUUUCAGACAGGAGAUUAGUGUCCCGAUCAGUCAUAACGUGUGCCGACUAUGAUGGGUGUUGCUCAGUGACCAGCUGUAACAGGGGCCUCAAGUGUCAGGAUUAGAGCGUCUGAUUUCAUCUCUCAUUUCAUUAUGUUUCUUGUAAAGGAAAUCAAGUGGUUACUGAACAAAAGUGGAGACCAAUGCAUUAAACAGGUGAAAGAAUCUCUCAUCUGUGAUUGGAAGGGUGAAUGUUUGGGGUGUCAACUCUAUGGAGCAUGAGAGAUCCUGGUCUAGAGAGGGCAGAAAUGGUGGUCCUGAUCCUGACUCAAUUAAUAGUUUUUAUGUAGAUAAUGCAGAAGGCAGUUGCAGAAAUGAAAUCAUCAGUCCUGCUCCUUUUAUGUCUGUUUUUUAUUUUUAUUAUUAUUAAUUUUUUUUUACUUUGAAUGGGAUCCUCGGAGUUUAAAUUUUUCUAUUUGAGCAUGUGUGAGUGGUUACUUAUUGGAUCCUGGGCAACUCCUAAAUGGCUCCACCUCUGAAAGAGACACCCCUCUACUGUCUGCUAUGAACUGCCUAUAGACAUGCAGUUAAGUUCCCGACAUCAGAGGCCCCUCUCUUAGCCAUGAUGAAAUGUUGAUGGAAUCAAUCUCAUGAGUCAUUUUACAGAUUAACACAGAGGCAUACUUAAUUCCAGAAGUUUUUUCACUGUGUGUUCUCCAUUCUCUGGCUCUAGCUCUGGCUCUUCCCUUCUUCCAUUAUGUCUUCUAGGAUGUUCCUUUGACCUGAACCAGAGGGUUGUUCUUCACUGACAGGCUCCUAAGAGUUAGGUCCAUAGGAUCAGAACAAAUAAGAUAGAAAAAAUGGGUUCACAAGUUCUUGCAUAAGCUCUUUCUUAUGCCCUGCAGGGUUAUUAAGAAGCACAGCAUGUUAUACACAGUUCUAAAAUUAGAAUGGGGCAGUGUCAGCGAAAAAAUAUAAUGCAGUGAGACAAAGUAUAGGGAGUCCAGUCAACAUGGCAGAAGGGGAGCACAGGCUGUCACAACAUCUGAGAUCAAGCACACAUCAGCCUUAGGACAGAUAACUCCAGCCCCUUAUGUUGUGAAGAGUUGGGCUCUCUGGGUCAGAAGCCACAACUCCCAAGUAUCUGGACGAAUGCUGUUAUUGGCUCCACCAGGCAUAUUCCUGGGUUCUGAGGAAGAAUGGUAUUCCUUCUCCAUACACCAGGACCUCAGGAAAAGCCUCAGAUUGAUCUAGUCAUCACAAUAUCGGUUUUCCACUUAACUUACGAGACGCUGGCAUCAUUUAAUAUCUCAGUAUGACUGAGUAUUGUUUUCUGUACUAACUUCUGGACACUUCAGUAAGAAGAUUGAUUGAUGAAGGCUGAGUGAAGCACUUUACUUUUAAUAUAAGCAACAAUUAAAAAGGAAUUUUGCACCGGGCGGUGGUGGCACACUCCUUUAAUCCCAGCAUUCGGGAGGCAGAGCCAGGCAGAUGUCUGUGAGUUUGAGGCCAGCCUGGUCUACAGAGUGAAUUCCAGGAAAGGCACAAAGCUACACAGAGAAACCCUGUCUUGAAAAACCAAAAAAAAAAAAAAUUUUUUUUGCCAUGAGGACCUUUUAGACAAAAAGCCAGUAAUGGACCCCUUUGGUGCUCAUGAUCUAUCAUACUACCUGUUCUUGAUUAGGUUUUAGAACGUGACAUACGUUGUCUCUCUGAAAGGGAACCUUAAAUCCAGCAGAAAAUGGUUUCCUAUAUUUGUUUCUUGUCUGUUGCUUUCCUAAAGCACUAUGACCAAGGAGAUUUAGUUAGGAUCUUCCUGAUAGCUGUGUAUACAGGAUUUUUUGACAAGAUGACUUGAGAAGUCCCCAAUCCAAAUGCACAGACUAAUCAAUAGAUACAAGUGUUCAAGCAUAUCUGAUGUCUCCUGACUUUAAACACCUCUAGGCAACUUUAUUGUGAACGCUAAAAGAAAUGGGCAAAUAUCCUGAUUCAUACACAUACCAAAAUUACAGCAGCAUAAAAGAAAUGGAUAAUUAAGUAGCAUCAACAGUGAAGCAGCAAUUAAUACACCUGAUUCAAAGAAAAUGGAGAGAGCCAGAUUGAUUCAUCACAGAAUUGUGUCAGAACUUCAGAGAAUAAUGGAUACUGAAGCUGCUUAAAGUAUUCCUAGAUGUAAAAAUGAAGCAAGGCUUCCAGACUCUUUAUGAAUCUAAUAUUCCCUGUAUCCAAACCCGAUAAAGACAUGAAAAUGAAAUUUCAUACUGUUGUGAUCUUUUUAAAUAUUAUUAAGAAUGUUAUUACUUGCCAUUUUACUUGAAACACUUCCUAUAGUGCACACUCUCAUCCCCAACUCCCUACAAUCUUGUUCUAUAUUUCCAACUAAUCUCUCUCUGUCUCUGUCUCUCUCAAUUCAUUUUGUUUUUGACCCACCAAUAUUAACCAGAACCAUCUCUGAGAAUGUGGGUUUCGAAUUAUGUGUUGGAAGAUUCCACAGAGGAGAUACAACUAAAGACAGUGAUUCCCCUUCUCCUAAAAUCUAUCCAUGGCCACAGUUGAGAGGUAAAGGCUGGGGCCUUGUGAGUCUCCCCUUCCUAGACUGAUUGUGGCUAGAACUGGCCUUGACUGAGCCCAGUGCAGGUGAGUACAGUUGCUCUGGGUUACUGAUUACAACAGCUGUGUUGAAUCUGGAGAUUGGCAGGUAAUGCCCAUUCCCCUCCUUACCCUCAUUUUCUUCCCUCCUCUUCUUCAGUAUUCCCAGAGCCAUAGAUGGCAUGGUAUAACUGACUUGUUUAGGUCUGUGGCCAUACACACUGCUUAUUUUCUGCAUCUUGGAUAGCCACAAGUUUCUACAUUCAUCACUGAGUUUUCAAAAGGAAUUUUCUGUGCUUUGUAUAAAUCCACCUUUAGCAUGCUUUCCAGGAGACAAGCUUAUUUCUGUUAGUAAAACCACAAUUUCACCAUCUAGUGGUUAAAUCUGUAUAAUACAGGGUGGAUUCAUCACUAGGCUGUUAAUGGGCUGAAUGACCACUGACUUCCUGAGACAUCCAUUUCCUUUCAAAAUCCUGAGUUCUGAAAUGUCUUUCCCCAAGUCAGUAUUGCUAAUAUUAUAAUUCCAGAUAUUUGGUUGGAAAUUGGGGGGGUCUGUUAUGUUGUCAGUUAAGUUUGAGAUCCCAGGAAUUGGAUGUUAUCAUGAUUAUUUUCACUUAUCUGAUGGUUGCCAGACUGUCAUAAAAUAAUUUGUAAAAUAACCUAGUAGAGUUUUUGUAUUUUCUAUUAUUUGCAAACAGGGUUCUCUUUGCUAUAAUGACUGUUCCAAAGCUCCUGAAAUUUAAAUUCAUCCAUGCUUUCUAACUCCCCUGUUUUAUAAUUUGCCUCUUCAAGAGCAUGGCCUUUGUCACUGAGACUAGGCAUCCUCAGAGAGCUUUGUAGGUAGUAAUCACAUGAGGAACCAGUGCAGAUAUAAUUAGACAGAAAAUAUAUUUUAUAGAAUUUCACACAUGGUUGUAGACAUUAUGCAACCUUUUACUUCCCAUUAGUUUUCCAUCUGAGAUGUAUGCAGUCUGGGAUGUAAAUACAGCAUUCAGAAAUGUGUCUUCAUAUGCUGUGUUCUUAUGUCACAUCUUUGUUCCAUCCCAUAUCAUCGCUUGUCUCAAUCUCAGAGAGUAAAGUGAAAUCCUCAGAGAAAGAAAGAUAUCUUUCUUGAUAUUUUUUCUCUUUAUUCUUUCGGGAGUUGUUAGCAUCUUUCAUUUUUGUUUCAUGAAAAGUUCUAGGUGUUUUCUGAGGAAUCUCUUUCUCCUGUGCAGGUCUCACAUUGCUCGGUCUGUCCUGCCCCCCCAUGAAGCAGAACAAAGAGCCACAGAUGAUGAAGAAAGGAGAGACGUUAGCAAAGGAUCCAGGGCAAAGCCUUCCCCACAGACUGAGGUCAACCUGGUAGACUCAGUCCAGGGGUCCGGAACUGCACUUGGAAGACCCGGCCGUGUAUUCGGGGACACGAAAUCUCCCCGGAGCCGCAGUCUCCGCGCGGGGCGGCCUGGAAAAGUCACCAGUCAGCAGCGCAGUGGCGGGAACCGCAGCCCGGCGGCCCUGGAACCUCCCAGGUCUCACAUUGCUCCGUCUGUCCUGCCCCCCCUUGAAGCAGAAAAAAGAGCCACAGAUGAUGAAGAAAGGAGAGACGUUAGCAAAGGAUCCAGGUUGCGUGGGAUGUCAGCCGGUCACCUUACCCGUCAAGGAGACACCUGCCCAGGCCACACUGGUGCUCUGUCUUUGGUUGCAAGAAUUCUAGUUUUUGGUCCAGAGAUAGAAACUCAGAGAAGAGCAACAAGAAGAAUGAAUACUUCUUCGGUAAAUGCUUCCCAGAGUCUGUUAACAUUCAGGGAUGUGGCUGUGGAUCUCUCGCAGGAGGAAUGGGAAUGUCUAGAUUGUGCACAGAGGGCAUUGUACAUGGAUGUAAUGUUGGAGAAUUACAACAAUCUAGUCUUUGUAGGUGAAAAUCAAAGAGUCCACAUAGGAAACAAAGAACAAAAAAAUACAGAGCUUGAUAAAUCUUUUGACUCUCAACAUAAACUCACACUGGAAGAAAUCAAGAGUGGAAAGAAACCACAUCAAAGCCGGAAAUGUGGAAACUGCUUCAAGACAGACUCAAGCCUUAGUAGACAUCAGAGAGCUCAUACUAGACAGAAACGCUAUAAAUGUGCAAAAUGUAGUAAAUCCUUUACACAUUUGUCACAACUCAAAGUACAUUGCAAGUUCAAUUGUGGAGAAAAAUCCUACAAAUGUACAGACUGUCCUAAGUGCUUUUACCUGACAUCAGAAUUUAAAAGACAUUGCAGAAUACAUUCUGGAGAGAAUAUUUACAAUUAUAGUGAAUGUGACAAAUCCUUUAUGAGCACAUCAUCUCUUAGAAUGCAUCAGAAAAUUUGUCCUGGAGAGAAACCUUAUGGAUGUGGUGAAUGUGAUAAAUCCUUUAUCCAGAAAUUGAAUCUUGGAUCUCAUCAGAGAAACCAUACAGGAGAGAAACCUUACAAAUGCAGUGAAUGUAAUAAAUCCUUUACUAAUAGAGGUAGUCUUAAUACUCAUCUGAGAAUGCAUACAGGAGAGAAGCCUUACAAAUGUGUUGAAUGUGACAAAUCAUUUACCACUUCCUCAUAUCUUAGAGCUCAUCAGAGAAUUCAUACAGGGGAGAAACCUUACAAAUGCAGUGAAUGUGACAAAUCCUUCAUCAGUUCCUCAGAUCUUAGAAAACAUCAGAUAAUUCAUACAGGAGAGACACCUUACAAAUGCAGUGAAUGUGUCAAAUCCUUUACCCAAAAACGCACCCUUAGAACUCAUCAGAGAAUUCAUACAAUGGGGAAACCUUACAAAUGCAGUGAAUGUGACAAAUCCUUCAUCAGUUCCUCAGAUCUUAGAAAACAUCAGAGAAUUCAUACAGGAGAAAAACCUUACAAAUGUGGUGAAUGUGUCAAAUCCUUUGUCACUUGCUCUGAGCUUAGAAGACAUCAGAGAAUUCAUACAGGAGAGAAACCAUAUAAAUGUGCUGAAUGUUACCUAUCUUUUACCACUGCCUCACAAAUCAGACGUCAUCAGAGAAUUCAUACAGGAGAGAAACCAUAUAAAUGUGCUGAAUGUUACCUAUCUUUUACCACUGCCUCACAAAUCAGAAGUCAUCAGAGAAUUCAUACAGGAGAGACACCUUAUAAAUGCAGUGAAUGUGGUAAAUCCUUUACCCAUAAAAGCACUCUUAGAACUCAUCAAAGACUUCAUACAGGGGAGAAACCUUACAAAUGUGGUGAAUGUGUCAAAUGCUUUGUCAGUUGCUCUGAGCUUAGAAUUCAUCAGAGAAUUCACACAGGAGAGAAACCUUACAAAUGUAUUGGAUGUGAUAAAUCUUUUAUCAGUUGCUCUGAGCUUAGAAGACAUCAGAGAAUUCAUACAGGAGAGAAACCAUAUAAAUGUGGUGAAUGUAACAAAUCUUUUACCACCGGCUCACAAUUCAAAAUUCAUCAGAGACUCCAUACAGGAGACAAACCUUACAAAUGCACUGAGUGUGAUAAACCUUUUUCUCAUAGAAGCAGUCUUAUUACUCAUCAGAGAAUACAUACAGGAGAGAAACCUUACAAAUGUAGUGAAUGUGACAAAUCCUUUACCACUGCCACACAUCUUAGAACUCACCAGAGAAUUCAUACUGGAGAGAAACCUUACAGAUGUGGUGAAUGUGUCAAGUCCUUUGUCAGUUGCUCUGCGCUUAGAACACAUUGGAGAAAACAUACAGGAGAGAAACCAUUUAAAUGUAGUGAAUGUGACAAAUCCUAUAUUUCUAGUUCUGCUCUUAGAAAACAUCAGAGAAUUCAUACAAGAGAGAAUGUGACAAAUCCUUUAUUGAUGGAGGCAACCUUAGAACUCAUCAGAAAUUUCACACAGGAGAGGAACCAUAAAAAUGUAGGGAAUGUGACAAGUUCUUUACCACUGCCUCACAUCUCAUAGUUCACUAUAGAAUUCAUGCAGGUGAGAAACCUUACAAAAGCAGUGAAGAUUACAAAUCAUUUAUCCUAAAGGGCCAUUAUGGAAUUUAUCAGAAAAUUCAUACAGGAAAGAACCCUUACAAAUCUAGUGAAUGUGACAAAUCCUUUAGCAAGAAAGGCCAUCUUAGAGCUCAGUAGAGAAUCCAUACAGGAGAGAAACCUUACCAAUAUAGUGAAAAUGACAGGUCUUUUAUCAGUUGCUCAGAUCAUAGAAAACAUCAGAGAAUCCAUACAGGAAAGAAACUCCACAUAUGUAUUGGAUGUGAAAAACCCUUUAUCAGUGCCUACAUCUACUUGAGGACAAUAGAGUAUUCAUACACUAGAGAAACCUUACCAAUAUAUUAAAUGCUAGAAAUCUUUGUCAAAAAAUCAGACUGAGAACACACCAAAGUAUUUGUACAGGAGAGAAAAUUUACCAUGUACUAUGUGAGGAAAAGCCUUUGCUGUCUCUCAGGUCUAAUUGUCAAUAUAAGAAAGUUAUCAAAGCUUUUCAGUAACAUUCAAAUCUUAGACUACAUCUGGAAAUUAUAAUGAGGGGAAUUCUGAACAUGUUACAAUGUAGGAAAUUUUCAUUAGAACUUUUUAUACUUAUGCAACCUUAAGUUCUUCAUAAUGAAGAUAAAAAAUUGAAACCUGGAGAAUGUGCUAUUGUAUAGCAUUUUUUUUGAAGACUUAAGGCAUGUGUCUUGUACGGGAAGUAAGUCAGAAAAUGUACACCUCAAAACAUCUUCAAGAAAUUCUUGAAACUGAUGGGAUUCAGUAUGCUUUAAUAAAAUGAAGAAACCCAGAACCUACGGCUUGAAGAGCACUUGACAAAAAUAUUCCACAAAGAUAGGAUACUCUUUAACUAGUAGAUAUACCUACAAAUGUGCAGUGUGCUCCUGAUAUUCUGUAUGUAUAUGUUGUUUCCCAUGCUGGUGUAGAAUUUCAUGAUAACAACUGUCUUUGAGUCCUUUGUGCUCCACUAAGCAACUACUUCCUGCUGCUCCUUGUACCAACCCUAAUAAAGCUUGUUGGUUCAACAUG